CAAUUUGACCGUUUGGACAACAAAAUACUUCUGUAUCGAAAAUCCAAAUCUGUCUGCCUUCUAACCGUUGGUAAUGGUAAUAGCCUCCAUCACCAUUAAACCCUCCUAACUCCAAACAAAAGCAACAAAAAUCCUUCCUCAAUUCGAUAGGUCCUAGAAGCCAUAGCUUCGGUUUCAAAAGCUUUUGCUCUUCUUUAUUAGAUCAGAACGAACAUGGAUCAGAAGCAGCAACAGCAGCUCGAUCAUACCAAAGAGUCAAAGGAACCCGAGGACAACCAAAAGAAUCCUCACCCCUCGGACUACGCGCCUUACCCUAAGCUUGAUCCAAACGACGUUGCUCCUCCAGCCGAGAAUUGGGCUAACGUGUCAAGAGCCACGGAUCACCCACCACAGCCAGCUGAAGGCCCAGCGCCGAUUUCCGGAGCAGCUGCUACUACUAUGCCUGCUGAGUCUAAUCCCUACGUCUCUCCGGCACCUGUUGCUUCUUCCUCCUCCAAGAAUACGAUGGAAUCGGUGAAGGAUGUGUUGGGGAAAUGGGGAAAGAAGGCGGCAGAGGCGACCAAGAAGGCGGAGGAUCUUGCUGGUAACAUGUGGCAACACUUGAAAACAGGUCCUAGUUUUGCUGAUGCUGCUGUGGGAAGAAUUGCUCAGCAAACUAAAGUUCUUGCAGAAGGAGGUUACGAGAAGAUCUUUCGACAAACUUUUGAGACCGUUCCUGAGGAACAACUCCAGAAGACAUAUGCAUGCUACCUAUCUACUUCUGCUGGUCCAGUUAUGGGAGUUUUAUAUUUGUCAACUGCAAAGCUGGCAUUUUGUAGCGAUAAUCCUCUGUCUUACAAAGCUGGGGAUCAAACACAAUAUAGUUACUACAAGGUUGUUAUUCCAUUGCACCAGCUGAAGGGUGUCAAUCCAUCAACAAGCAAGGCCAAACCUGGAGAAAAAUACAUCCAGAUAAUCUCAGUUGAUAACCAUGAAUUUUGGUUCAUGGGUUUUGUACACUAUGAUAGUGCUGUGAAAAAUCUGCAAGGAGCAUUAGAGCAGAACCGCAGCUUGUGAUGUGUUGGGGCCAGCAAAUAUCCAACCCUAUCAAAUGCAAGUCUCAUACUGGAGGUUGGUGUAGAUAGUAGCAGUAUGUUGCAUUUGUGAUACUGAAUAUUCAUUUGUGAUUCAAACUUAUAGAUUGUAUUUAAUAUUAUGUACUUUAUGUUGUCAUAUUAAGAAAAUACAAUAAAUAUGGUUAAAUUAUAAA